AUGAUUAGAACGUUUCUGAGGAGCAAGGCGGCCGAGAGAGUUCUCGUCCGUCACAGCUCGUCUUCAACGUCUGCACUGACCUACAAGCAGCUACAUAAGAACAGAAUUAGUCCACCUCUUCCUACUUUGGAAACCCCUUCCUGGAGUGCAAAGUCGGCAGUCUCUUCGAUCCUGUAUGAAACCCCUUCCCCUUCACGCUUGCCACGGAAGCAACACGUUCUGAACUGCCUGGUUCAAAAUGAGCCAGGUGUUCUAUCUAGGAUAAGUGGAACACUCGCUGCAAGAGGCUUCAAUAUUGAUUCCUUGGUUGUUUGUAACACCGAGGUUAAGGAUCUGAGUAGGAUGACCAUUGUUUUACAAGGUCAAGAUGGUGUCAUUGAGCAGGCUAGGCGUCAAAUCGAGGACCUAGUGCCUGUGUACGCCGUCUUGGAUUACUCCAACGCUGAUAUCAUAAAAAGAGAAUUAGUUUUGGCGCGUGUUUCACUACUGGGUGCUGAGUACUUCGAGGACUUAAUUCACCACCAUGAGCAAACCUCUUCGGAGGCCACAGAAGGCAAAAACGAGACCGUCGCUCAAAUCCGCAGCAAGAAGUUCCAUCCUUCAAACUUGCCCCUCAGUGAGGCUUUGAGAUUGAAACACGAACACCUUGCUAGCAUAACCAAUUUGGUUGGAAAUUUCGGCGGCCGUGUGGUCGACAUUAGCGAGACAAACUGUAUUGUGGAAUUGAGUGCCAAGCCUUCUCGGAUUUCAGCAUUCUUGAAACUUGUGGAGCCAUUUGGUGUCUUGGAAGUUGCUAGAAGCGGAAUGAUGGCACUGCCUAGAACUCCAUUGGAACUUGAAUCUGAAAACGAGCUAGAAAACCAAAUUAGCGAGAUUGUUGAUCUCUCUCAGCUACCCCCUGGUUGA